AUGGCCCCCCUAAAAAUAACAACAACCGGCCGCGCGACAAAAACCCACCCCGCCGAACGCGCCCUCCUCCGGCUCGCCAUAAAAGACACAGGCCCAAAGCCCGCAACAGUCGCAUCAAACGUCCAAAACGCUACUGCAAGGCUUCAAAACAUCCUUUCAACGCUCACACCCAAAUCAGCCACGAGUGGCGGCGUGACUCCAGUCCUAAAAUGGACAAUGGGCACCCCGACAUCCUCCACAUACAUGCGCUCCGAGAGCCUGUCCAAAGCGAGCCGGUACCACGCCGUCUCAACGAGUGUUGAAAUUGAAUUCGUGGAGUUCAAGGCGCUCGCUUCGCUCGCGGCGCAGCUCAGCAGAGGUUGUUUCGCGGGAGGCGAGGACGCUGGCGUGUCGGGAUGCUUUGGCCCGGGCACAGGAUUAUGCGCGUGGGUUUGGGAAGGAGAAUAG